AAAUCAUGUAUUCCUUAUAAGCCUCUAGCAUCAUCCUCAAACCUUGAACCUCUUCCAGCUUUCUCAAACUUCUAGCUUUUUUAAAAACUUUUUUUAAUCCUAAGAGUGUUUUAACUGUACAUAGUAAAAGACAUCUUCAGUUUAAUUAUGAUCGGAAAUCCAAAUUACACAAGCUUUGUUUGCUGUGCUGUUUGUAAUAAAAUAAUUCCACCAGCCCCAUUUGGGGAAACCUUCAAGCGGAUCCAUGAAUACAAGCCAUUUAAGACACGCUUUUACACUCACAAGGACAUACUGGAUAUUGGGACAGAUAUUCUGAAUAAGGAAGAGCAGUUUCAGGAAGCUGUCCUCAAAGAACGGAUUGCAAAAGCAGAAGCUGACAUUUGGGCAAAGGCUGAUGAACGUCAGAGACAAGCAGUGAAGAAAGCCCUCGAUGAAGCAAAUGACAUGCACAAAAUGAAAAUUCAGAUUUUGAAAGAACAUCAUCAAAAAGACUUGCAGGACAUGGCAGCUAAAACCAAGAUCGAGUUGCAUCAAAACAUGGAGGACGAGCUGCAGCGCGAGCGCCUGGCCGCCGAGCAGCGCAUGGUCCACAGGAUCCAGAGGGUCAUGAUGGAGUGCCACCGCGAGAAGGUCCAGGCCGUGGAGGAAGCCCGGGCAGAGGAGAGGCGCAAGGCUCAGGAGGCCAUCCAGGCCCAGAGGAGAGAGGCCAUGGAAGAACUUUUGAGUGCUGGUGUCACAGUUAUGAAGGAUCAGAAGAAGACUGUGAGCCAAAUGAUAAAGGAAAAAGAACAUGAAAUAAACAUCUACUAUAGCAUGGCUCAGCGGCAGAAGCAGGAAGAGGUUCAGGAAGUGCUUCAAGAAGCUGAGAAGACACACCAGGCCAAGCUUGGGAAUGUGAUGGAUAAACUGGUUAACACUCAGGGGGAGCUGCUGACCAUAGCGAAGCAACUGGGAAUUAUGACAAAUUGGAAAGAUUUCCUGGAGGAGGAGUUACAAGAAACGAGGGCAGCAUUUCAAAAAUACAUCAAUUACACAUUUCCUAAGCUCUCACCAGGACAGGCAGAUUUCAUUCUGCCAGAAAGAAAGAAAACACCUUCUAAUCUUAUUAUUCAGGAGAACGAAACGACUCUUAAUUAGAAGCCUUCAUCUGAAAUUUUACUACAAAAGCCAUUGUUCUAAAGACUAAAUAAAUUCACUCAAAACCAUUUAUGGACCCCUGGUUAUAUGCAGGGUACUAUUGAGCUGUACGCAUCUGAAUGGAAAACCAGAACAUUCAAAAGCACAUUCCAGGCUACAAGGAGUUCUCAGACUAACUGAGGAGGGAUAACAGUGAGAGGGGUCAAAACUGAUCAGGAGGGGAAGAAAUUUCUUGGAAGAAGUCUAGAGGAACUUCUAUAUCUGGCUUUACUCAUGUUUACAUCAGAUGUGUAACUAUUUUAAUACCUAUUGCAGUUAAAGCCAAGUAAAGAGACUUGUGCUCAAA